GCGGCUGCGGCCGCAGCUGGCGGGACCGAGGUGCGCCCUCGCUCGGUGGAGCUGGGCCUGGAGGAGCGGCGGAGCAAGGGCCGCGCGGCGGACGAGCUGGAGGCCGGUGCCGGUGCCGUCGAGGGCGACGAAGGGUCAGGGGAUGGCAGCAGCUCGGCCGGCUCAGGCGCGGGGCCCGGCUCAGUGCUGUCGCUGGGCGCCUGCUGCCUGGCGCUGCUGCAGAUAUUCCGCUCCAAGAAGUUCCCGUCGGACAAACUGGAGCGGCUGUACCAGCGCUACUUCUUCCGUCUGAACCAGAGCAGCCUCACUAUGCUUAUGGCCGUGCUGGUGCUCGUGUGCCUCGUCAUGUUGGCCUUCCACGCGGCACGGCCCCCGCUCCAGCUGCCCUACCUGGCAGUGCUGGCGGCCGCGGUGGGUGUCAUCCUUGUCAUGGCUGUGCUCUGUAACCGCGCCGCCUUCCACCAGGACCACAUGGGCCUGGCCUGCUACGCGCUCAUCGCUGUGGUGCUGGCUGUCCAGGUGGUGGGCCUGCUGCUGCCCCAGCCGCGCAGCGCCUCGGAGGGCAUCUGGUGGACCGUGUUCUUCAUCUACACCAUCUACACGUUGCUGCCUGUGCGCAUGCGGGCCGCGGUACUCAGUGGGGUGCUGCUGUCUGCCCUCCACCUGGCCAUCGCCCUGCGCACCAACGCCCAGGACCAGUUCCUGCUCAAGCAGCUUGUUUCCAAUGUCCUCAUUUUCUCCUGCACCAACAUUGUGGGUGUCUGCACCCACUACCCGGCUGAGGUCUCUCAGAGACAGGCCUUCCAGGAAACCCGGGAGUGCAUCCAGGCACGGCUCCACUCACAACGGGAGAACCAGCAACAGGAGCGGCUCCUGCUGUCUGUCCUGCCCCGUCAUGUUGCCAUGGAGAUGAAAGCAGACAUCAAUGCCAAGCAGGAGGAUAUGAUGUUCCAUAAGAUUUACAUCCAGAAACAUGACAACGUGAGCAUCCUGUUUGCUGACAUCGAGGGCUUCACCAGCCUGGCAUCCCAGUGCACUGCCCAGGAGCUAGUCAUGACCCUCAACGAGCUCUUCGCCCGCUUCGACAAGCUGGCUGCGGAGAAUCACUGUUUACGUAUUAAGAUCCUGGGGGAUUGUUAUUACUGUGUCUCUGGGCUGCCUGAAGCGAGGGCUGACCACGCUCACUGCUGCGUGGAGAUGGGCAUGGACAUGAUUGAGGCCAUCUCGUUGGUCCGGGAGGUGACUGGGGUGAACGUGAACAUGCGCGUGGGAAUUCACAGCGGGCGAGUACACUGCGGUGUCCUUGGUCUCAGGAAGUGGCAGUUCGACGUCUGGUCUAAUGACGUCACGCUGGCCAACCACAUGGAAGCUGGAGGCAAGGCAGGGCGCAUCCACAUCACCAAGGCCACACUCAACUACCUGAAUGGUGACUACGAGGUGGAGCCAGGCUGUGGGGGCGAGCGCAACGCCUACCUCAAGGAGCACAGCAUUGAGACCUUCCUCAUCCUGCGCUGCACCCAGAAGCGGAAAGAAGAAAAGGCCAUGAUCGCCAAGAUGAAUCGUCAGAGAACCAACUCCAUUGGGCACAACCCGCCUCACUGGGGGGCUGAGCGUCCCUUCUACAACCACCUAGGGGGCAACCAGGUGUCCAAGGAGAUGAAGCGGAUGGGCUUUGAAGACCCCAAGGACAAGAACGCCCAGGAAAGUGCAAACCCCGAGGAUGAAGUGGACGAAUUUCUGGGCCGUGCCAUUGACGCCAGGAGCAUCGACAGGCUGCGGUCUGAGCAUGUCCGCAAGUUCCUCUUGACCUUCAGGGAGCCUGACUUAGAGAAGAAGUACUCCAAGCAGGUGGAUGACCGAUUCGGUGCCUAUGUGGCAUGUGCCUCGCUUGUCUUCCUCUUCAUCUGCUUUGUCCAGAUCACCAUCGUGCCCCACUCCGUGUUCAUGUUGAGUUUCUACCUGACCUGUUUCCUGCUGCUGACCUUGGUGGUGUUUGUGUCCGUGAUUUAUUCCUGCGUGAAGCUCUUCCCGGCCCCGCUGCAGACCCUUUCCAGGAAGAUCGUGCGGUCCAAGACGAACAGCACCCUGGUCGGAGUGUUCACCAUCACCCUGGUGUUCCUGUCGGCUUUUGUCAACAUGUUCAUGUGUAACUCCAAGGACCUGUUUGGCUGCCUGGCGGACGAGCACAACAUCAGCACCAGCCAGGUCAACGCGUGCCAUGUGGUGGAGUCGGCAGUCAACUACAGCCUGGGUGACGAGCAGGGCUUCUGCAGCAGCCCCCGGCCCAACUGCAACUUCCCCGAGUACUUCACCUACAGCGUGCUGCUCAGCCUGCUGGCCUGCUCCGUGUUCCUGCAGAUCAGCUGCAUUGGGAAGCUGGUGCUCAUGCUGGCCAUUGAGCUCACAUACGUGCUCAUUGUUGAGGUGCCCCGCGUCACCCUCUUUGACAACGCCGACCUGCUGGUCACCGCCAACGCCAUAGACUUCAGCAACAACGGGACCUCCCAGUGCCCUGAGCAUGCGACCAAGGUGGCGCUGAAAGUGGUGACGCCCAUCAUCAUCUCAGUCUUCGUGCUGGCCCUGUACCUGCACGCCCAGCAAGUAGAGUCCACCGCCCGCCUGGACUUCCUCUGGAAACUGCAGGCCACGGAGGAAAAGGAGGAGAUGGAGGAGCUGCAGGCCUACAACCGGCGGCUGCUGCACAACAUCCUGCCCAAGGAUGUGGCCGCCCACUUCCUGGCCCGCGAGCGACGCAAUGAUGAGCUCUACUACCAGUCGUGUGAGUGCGUGGCCGUCAUGUUCGCCUCCAUCGCCAACUUCUCUGAGUUCUACGUUGAGCUGGAGGCCAACAAUGAGGGUGUUGAGUGCCUGCGACUACUCAAUGAGAUCAUCGCCGACUUUGACGAGAUCAUCAGCGAGGAUCGGUUCAGGCAGCUGGAAAAGAUCAAGACCAUUGGCAGCACCUACAUGGCUGCCUCAGGCCUCAAUGACUCUACAUAUGACAAGGUGGGCAAGACCCACAUCAAAGCCCUGGCUGACUUUGCCAUGAAGCUCAUGGACCAAAUGAAGUACAUCAAUGAGCACUCCUUCAACAACUUCCAGAUGAAGAUCGGGCUCAAUAUUGGCCCCGUGGUGGCUGGGGUGAUCGGGGCUCGCAAGCCUCAGUACGACAUCUGGGGCAAUACGGUGAACGUGGCCAGCCGCAUGGACAGCACCGGUGUGCCUGACCGCAUCCAGGUCACCACAGACAUGUACCAGGUGCUGGCUGCCAACACAUACCAGCUGGAGUGCAGGGGCGUGGUCAAGGUCAAGGGCAAAGGAGAGAUGAUGACCUACUUCCUCAACGGUGGGCCCCCGCUCAGUUAG